UCAUGUUAAAGUUAAAGUUAAAGUUAAAGUACCAAUGAUUGUCACACACACACUAGGUGUGGCGAGAUUAUUCUCUGCAUUUGACCCAUCACCCUUGAUCACCCCCUGGGAGGUGAGGGGAGCAGUGGGCAGCAGCGGUGGCCGUGCCCGGGAAUCAUUUUGGUGAUUUAACCCCCAAUUCCAACCCUUGAUGCUGAGUGCCAAGCAGGGAGUGUGUGCGGGAGCCAAAGUACCGCCCGAGCCACCCAGAGAGCCCAACCCAAAACAGCAAGGAACAAGGGACCACAGGCUCCAUUCAGCCAGGCCGGCCAGCGACAGGAACCCCAGCGGCAGGCCAUUGACAGACGCGCCCAGCAGAGGACAAGGCACGGGAGAAGCAGGGGACAGCCAGCACCCAAGCCAGCGGGAGACCAGACCCAAUGCGGCCAAAAAGACGGGACACCCCGCCCCGAGGGGCCCAGAAACUCCCCGCAGCUGGACGGAAAGACUGCCCCCACCCCACCAGCAACUGGGCUCCCACGACCCACCCCCAGGAGAGCCCCAGGCCAGGAGUCCAGAAACACAAGUCUUCAGAUUGUACACAAAGUUCCACAGCGUGCAGACCGGCUGGCAGGUCUAUUAGCAGCAGAUGAUCUCAGCAUCACGGACGCCGGCUCGUUCAAGUACAGAUCAACACAAUGAAUCAUUCUCCUCCUCCUCCUGUGACAAUCUCCUCCACACUCCACUCGUCUGACAGCGCCAAGGCGGGGAAGGCAGCCCUUUUAUCUUUAUAAUAGGAAUAAAUAGUGACAGUUGUCUUAGGCAGAAGGUUCUGUGGAUGGCGGUAGAUCAAACGGGAACUCAUUACGGGAAGAGUGACAUGUCACGAUGUGUGUGUGUGGCGGGUCUAUGAUGAGAAUGCCUUCCAAGCCAAGAUGGAGGUAAAUUAGUGCCCAAAAAGACACUCCAUCUGCAAACAAUUCUCUUUGUGAGAAUGUGCUAUCAGUUCUAUCACGUCCUAACACACUGUCGCAUUGUUGACUCGCUCCUCUGUGAAUGUGUCAGUCAUCUGUCACCAUCCACCAUUACGCCACUCCUGCAACCGCAUGCUGCUUAUUUCUUGCCUCCCCACGUCAUUCUUGGUCAGGCAGAUGUGGAGGCGAGACGGACAAGCAACACACCAGAGAGAAGAUGGCGACUCUCCAAGAAAAGCAGGGGGAUUGGGAUUACCGGGAAUGUGUGGUAAUGAAAGAGGAAACAGAACAGAAUUUACCUGCAGUCAGAUACGUAGAAGAUGUGCACCACUUGGAAAUAAGCAGCACACUUUCAGAAACAUACAUUAGGAUUCCAUUUGUGUCCCUCAAAGUCCAAUUGACACAACUAUAUCUUAUAAGACUAAUUAUUCGAUUUUAAAAUAAUUGGUACCUUUUCAGGGUAUGGACAAAUAUGUUCCUACAUUUGUUCCACAAGUAUGUGAUAGUAAGUGCUCGGAAUAAAAACAUGAUGUUAUGACGUGCAUUUUUUGGACCAAUGGAAACAUAUCGACAUAAUCAUGAACACAUUUCACUUCGAGCAGAGGGCACAAUCACUUCAA